AUGGGGGUUCGAUUGCAAUCGUUAUUCCUUCAACAUACCCAUUACUAUACAAUUGUUGUGUGCAUUAAACUGGGAACUUCUAGAAAGAUAAAAAAAGAUAAAAAGGGAACAAAGAAAAGUCAGUCGGCAUCCGAGGAGAGCGCAAAGACUUUUGCACAACCAGAAGAAAUCACGAAGGUGGAUAGGAGAACAGAAAGUCAGAAGAAAUUUGAUGCGAUAAAGCGACAAAGGGAAAUCGACAGGAUAAAGAAGAAAGCGUUAAAGUCACACAAGGAGAAGGUGGAGGAUCUGAAUCAAUACCUGGAUACUAUAAGUGAGCAUUACGAUGUGCCGAAGGUGAGUUGGACGAAGUAA